UAUCUGGGUAUAGUGGAAUCUCGGCAGUUCUCCUGUGGCAUCGUCUUGAGGCAAAGGUUUAAAAUGGUAUCGCAAGGUAUACACGUCCUGGCAGCAGUAUUGUGUCUCACUGCUGUGCUCACUGGAGGUCAAGCUCAGUGUCAGACGGGUGAAACACCAGUAGUGACUAUCUUCACGUGUAACACUACUGGCGGUGGUAUUGUGAUACAAUGCGUGGGAGAAGGAACUAACGUAGUCCCCGAAAAUGUUGUCAGCGUUGAGCCUCUCUCCGCUUCCAUUAACGGUGACGUCUGUUUCUACGGCAUCACUACUUUUGCCCUGGCGUUUUCUGACCUCGAGAGCACGUGCAGAGUGAAAGUGACAAGCUGUAAGCCAGACCAAGGAACUGGUGGGGCCGGAGGCGGAGUAGGUCCAUGUCAAGCUGACGAGACAGAAUUGGUGACGAAUGCCACGUGUGUCCGUAUUAUUGAAGACGAAAGGUCUUGUCUGGGAGAUGGAGGCUCCGAGCUCCCCGGGACUGUCCGAAGUUUUCAGCCUGUCGUCAUUGAUGGUGAAGCGUGUUUCUAUCGCAUUUUAUCCCCUACUCAACUACUAGCCUUUUCUGAUGGCGAAACAUGCACGGUAAAGGUGACAAGCUGUAUCGCAGUUCCAGGGAAAUGUGGAAGCAUUGACAGCCAUGAUGAUGAUAGCGACAGUGAUGAUGAGGAUGAUGACGACGAUGACGAUGACAGUAACGAAUCCUGAUAAUUUUUCGGUCAUAAAUCAUGCCCGAUUCCUUGUUAUUUUACCCCUACGUUUAUCUAUGUUUUCGAUGUGUAUUACCGGUACACAUUUGUACUCUCUAUAACUUACAUGUAUACUAUGCACUUGGCACGCUUCCAAAACUUCUUUUCUUUCAGUCUACUGGCAAGCACAUUCAAUAUGACGUUUGAUCA